ACAAUCACACACACACACACAAACACACACUCAUGCAUGCAUACUCAGAAGCCACAAUGCCAGAUUAAUAGAAACCAAACUAGGUGGCUUUUGAUUUCGACAGAUCUCACUGAACACUGAGGAGACAGUCAAAUCUGACGACAAAAAAGUCAUCAUCAGGGGGAUUUAAACCACACACCAAAAACCAGAGAGAGUCAUAAAGCGCGUUCAGAGAUAAAGGAAGAUGUGCAUGGCGGCAGAGAGGCAGAAGUGCGGAAGCAGGGGAGAGCUGUAAGCAAGUGAAAAGAUAUCACACGCUGAGAAAGGUAGAAAAUGGGGGAGUUUUGUAGACUGUUGUGCAUCUGAGUCAGCUGGAGAAACCACAAGGAGCUUCUUUCAAGACUUCUGUCCAGGAGUGGGACACCUCAUCCGGGGUAAGACGACCUCAAAUUCAGCCUUUGCAACUUUAUUCACUGCUGAUGCUUCUUUUGGCGAAUUGAACACGUGUGUACAACAAAGUUUGAUACAGAGAAGAUCAACUUUCUUGCUUUGUUAACAAAUAUUUGCAUAAAAAAGGGCAGCAGUAUUAGAUUGAUUCCCCCGGCAGUUUGAUUCCCUGGUGAGCUCACUAUAAACAAAUGAGACCAUAGCGAAGCCGAUGCAUAAUCUUGUUUACAUAUCAUCCUGAUCAUUGCUCACAAUUAAAAAAAAAUAAAUAGUUUGAGCUGUUUUUAGCAGAGAAAUCAGCACAAUCUACAUCAGUUACGUCACUUCUUGAGAUUUCCCACAAAAACUUUGACCUGAAGGCUCACGGCGUUCAGAUUUCUGCAAGACUGAGCAAGUGAAACUGAAAACGAAAUGUACAAACUCUUAUCUUUUGCAUAAAAGAGUAAAAAUACAGCAGAGUUUUGUGAGGUUUCCUUCAAUUUUUCAACAUAUUAGUGAAAGCAAAGGUGGAGUUUUAAGGUCAGGAUGUUUCCCCAUGGUGGACACGAGGGGAUCACUGUAGGAGACAAUAUGCAAACUUUUUUUUAGGUUUUUGAUUGAAGAAUGACAAACCAAGCGAUUUCCACAGAAUGAAAUAACAUAAAUAAUGAGCAAAUUAGAGUGUAAAUGGGAAAAAUAGCAGGACCCAGAACUGAACCCCGUGGAACCCCGCAGGCUAGGGCCUCAUUCCAGUCUUUAAAAGCCAUAAUUCUCGACCUGGAGAACCCUGGAAGAAAACAGCACACUGUGGCAUAUAUACCCCUGAUCCUAGUGUCUGAUUCGUGCACAGGUACAGCUUCAGCAGCAAAACAAACAUGGCUGAGGUAACAGGAGCAUCUUAGAGCAACAAACAUGGGCGCCUCACUCUCAGUUGAACUCUAUGAUGACUAUCUUGUCCUGACCAGCUAGAUUGCAAGGGCAGAACAUCACAGGAAAUUAUCUGAUUCAUUAAUGCCAGAUAAGGAGCCUAGAUGCCGUCUAUGUGUAGAGAACACAACUGGAUCCUAGCAUGCUACGUGCCAAACAAAGACUGCAAAUUUUGAAUAGGAAGUGACUCAAGGAAGUUUGAGAUUAAAUCUUUACACCAACCCGCAGAGAUGCAAUUAAGUCAUAAAGCACCUUUUCUCUCCACACAUGAGUUAAGACAGACACUUUGAGAAGCGACGUCUUCAGUGGGCUGAGCUGACGUCACGGUCUACAAAGCAGAAAACCACAGCACAGUUCAGCAUGGUUGAUUCAUGGUAUGAGGCUACAGUGGGAACACAUGUAAUCAUGUCAAAAAAGGAGAAAAAACUCAGAGUUAAGAUGUUGAAAUAGCUUUGUGAAUUCUGCUCUCUAGUUUAAAAGUUGACACUAUAAUGGGUUAGAGGAUUUAGUUUUGGGAAAUGAUCCAGCAGUGAAAGUUCAAUAUCAGAACUACAUAUCUGAUUAGUGACAUGGCGACACAACCAUCAAAGCUAAGUGAAGAAUAAAUGCUGAAAAAUCUGAUUACUGCCACCAAUAUUUAUCAAAAUCAUCGAUUUAUGUAUCAGAAAAUUACAGCCAAACAACCAAAAAUGUUCAGUUUGAAAGUAACUCAAAGUGAGAUCUACCUCAGGUUACUAUGAAUCUAAAGCUAUGGGUCCUAAAUGAUGGGUUUUAUUACUGGUGAGAAUCAGUGGCAUGCACAUUAUACAUUAUAUGCAUUCCUGUACACACACACACAUGGAAAGAUGUGGUUUGUGGUCUGGAGAUUGGCCGUGAAUGUUGAUGUUCAGCUUGUAGAAUGGUCUCUUGUUGACCUUUUGUUGUGUUUGCACAGAUUUUAAAAAAGAAAGAAGAGAGGAGAGGAGGAGAAGAAGCCAACAGAAGGACGAGAACUUGAUGGCAUCCAACAGCAUCUUUGAGUCGCAGUCGUCCUAUCAGUCGGUUUUCAAACGAGGUGAGUGGACGUCUUUGAGGGGCUACCGUGGUCUUUGUCGGGUUGGCUAACAGAUUUUAGAUCUUUGUGACACGUCUUCUUUAAGCACAGUCUUAUUUCAGUCAUAGUAGGACGUCUUUCCCAUGACUGGUUAACCUCAUCCAUUUCUUAGCUGCCUCUGAUCACCUUGCGUAACAUCCAUGUAGCUGAAUUUGAGUCUUUUCAGCAUUAGAGAUAAUCUUAGACUUCUUUGUCAGAGCCUCUCCUGUGAGACUGCAUCCUCCCUGCUCACAUGGAGGACGACAGGAGGGAGGAGAGUGAGGAAUGUAACAUGCAUUCCUUCCUGCUGCAUCAACCAGCAGCUGUGAGGAUGACUGGACAUGUCUGCCUCUUUUUCCCAAAACCGACUCUCAAUAUGUUUGACUACUUUAGGUAAUGAUACACAUAAAUUGGCUGUUUUGGAAGUUUGCCCUCACUGACUCCUGUUAGACACACGUUGACCCCUCUUAAGGGGAGCUUUUUAGUGGUUUGUAUUGUAUCCAUCAUGACUUGGACCCUGUUUUUUUGCCAAAGAGAGCAUAUUUUGUUGGGUUUUUGGUCCUAAAAGAUUGAAUCUUUCCACCUUUGCUCGUCAUUGGUGUUUUUGUUAUUGUACGCCUGGACUGCUGAUCAUAUCUUGAGUCAAAGCUGUAAUAAAGGCAUGGCUAUAAAUCUGCUUAACGGUGACUCUCACAUCGCUUUGAUGCUCAACCACCCGCAUACAAACAAGCACAGAUGGCAUCUUAGUUCACACAGUCAGCUGAAAUAGUUGAUCUCAAAGCUCUGAUAAGGCGAACAGCCCAUCAUCAAUAAGGAUUUCAAGGGGGGCCAUGCCACUCCUUGUCACCCAUCUAGUGACGCCCCUGUUACCAAAAAUGUCCACAGCAGAGCAUUUAAGAUCUGAGCUUAACAGACAUGUUUGGCAUGUUAAGCUUUUAUGUUGAUGCUGACAAACUCGUAAAAUGGACAGUAAUCCAUAACUUAAAGCUUUUGUGAGGAGUUUUAUGGUUUGUGUUGCUCUGUAACAGUAGCAGUGUGCAUCGACUCAUUUCUUCUGUUUGUGGUGACUGACACUGAAAGUAGGCUAAUGAAAUAGCUGCUUUCGAACAUGAUGAAGCAGUGUCGUGAUCACUUCUAUAAAUGGUUGAAAAUUCUUCACAGGAGCUUUAAGUGUUGCUUUUCUGUUGUUAGCUAAGAAACAAACUCUUACAGCUCUUCACUGUAAACUUCUCUUUAAGCCCUCUUUACUUUGUGCCGGAAACCCGACAUUGCGGUGGUUGUCUCUGCUGUGGAAAUUCUCAAGAACACCCUGUGCGUUAAAAGUGUGUGUUUCCUGUCAAAUCUAGGUAGCGCCGUGCUCUUACAUCACCAUCAGCAUUCGUGUGAGCUCAGGCUGCACAGAAAUAAACGCCAGCGCCCAUCUGGGCUAAAACUCCGUUACAGGUUGGGUGAAGUCUCGAGGACACAGAAACGUGUGACACAAACAGGUUUCUGUGUCACCGUAGGCCUAUCUUCUUCUGCCACGCUGUAACUGCUGAUGCUCAAAAAGAGACGAGGCCACGUGUUUCCCGCCUGUGCAUGUGUGGUUGCAUGACUUCGACGCCGAGAGCGACUGCAUGCGUCUUCAACAGUUUGACACAGGAUGUUUGCAUGCAAGAGGCUGCUGUCAGUCGCUGGGAUCUGCCCAGUAUAACCACAGUUGCAGUGACAGAUUUUGGUGGUUUUGUGUUCAAACCUCAGGCCCGCUUGAAACUAACAGAAUGAAUCAGGUUCUCUAUGUUGGAAAACCAGUUUCUUUUCACCGUAAAUUCAUCGAUUAAACCGCAGCAUGGAGUUUUUCUUUUAACCAAAAUAAGCUGAUCGCAUCACAUGUGGUUAACCAAUCAGUGGUUGAUCUCCUGCACUCCUAUUGGUCGUUAACAAGCAGUUAUGUCAUCACUUUACUCUCCUCCAAUCAUAACUUCUAUAACAUAAAAAUCUACAUGGCUGCUUUAUCUUCACAUGCAUAUAAACACGUGGAUAUGUACAUACAUGCAUGUGUUGGUGUGUCUCGAGUUUUGGACCAAAUGUACCAGACACAAACACUUUAUCAGCUGCAGGAGUGUGGGCAGUUCAGACUAGUUGUUAAGAUUAUCUGCUUGUACUAAUCUGAGCCUCAGUUUAUCAGGAUUGGUUCCGCCUGGGAUAAGAGAGCAACUCAUGACUCUUAACUGUUUGUUUCAGCUAAUCUGUGUAAACAGCUCUGAGGAUGAAUGCAGGAAGUGAAGGUGAAGAUUUGUGUUCAGGGAAAACAUCAGGAGUGCAAAUAAAAGCAAAUAAAAUAAAGGAUUUAAGUCUAAAAAUCAGAUAAGCCUUUUUUUUCCCCACAAAUAAUGAAUUUCGAAAUGUCAUGCAUUAAUAACGUGAUACAAAAACGAUCAAUUAUGAUGCUGAAGAUCUUGUUUGUUUAUGGAUAUCAUAAGUAGGCAUUCAUAUUUUUUUAUGUAGUUCAUCAAGAUUAGAUUUAAACUCUUUCCUACCCCCCGAGUUUAAAAGAUAUGUCAAAUAAAGUCUUCAAAAGUCUGUGAAAACCGAAAGGAAUGAUGCAAAGGCUUGGCCUGAAUCUGCUGCUCUUGGAUUGAUUGUUUAGGAUUGAUAAUCAAAGCUUUGAGUGAGCGUGUUUACUACUGAGGAUAAAUCUCUGUGCAGAUCAGAUUACCCUGGAGGUAAAGGGGAAGCUUUUUUCUGCAGCCUGUACAAAACAGACCCAAUUUUCUAAUUAAUAUAGAAAUUAAAAUGUGUUUUUUUUUGGUUGGUGAAACUUUGCGACUUAAAGCGCAAUCUCUACUCUUCAUUUUUACGUAAUUAACAGCAUUAUUAUCAUUAUACUUUAAACUUUCUUUUCAUUAAGAGUUUCCUCUCCAUCCCUUUUUUCCCACUCCAUAUAUCUCACAUUUGUCCAAACUAAGAGCCACUUAAACUUGUUUUUUAACACCUCCAUCAUCUGUUAGUCGACAGUGUAUAGCUCCUUUCCCGCGGUUCAUAUAUCAAACUCCUCUGAAGCUUGUUUUUCUACUUUCUGUCAUUCUUUUCUUGAAUUUACGCCUCUCUCUUCACGCCUGAACCCAUCGUGUUCCAGGGCUCCAUCGGCCACUUUGCAUUCGUCCGCAUUGUUUUGCAGUUCUCGUCUGCAUCACACUCGCCUGUCCUGAGCUGAUUCUGGUUAUCUGAAGGCUCCACCUGCUGUGUUUGAGUGUCUGCCCGUGUGAGCGUCUCACAGAGAGAGAGUGUGUUAUCAGGAGGCGGCAAAGCGUAACAGAGGAAACUGCACAGGUCUGCUUCAGGCUGAUUUUAAGAGAUGUGAUGCUGACUGAGGGAGCGCGGCCAGGUUUAGACAUGCACAUGUUCCCGGAGCACUUUAGUUUUCUCACACAGCAGUUAAUAUAUGAGCGUUCUCACAUUCAUAACUUAUCACAGUGUCAAAAAACACUUGGGCUCUCUGUAGUGGACGAGAAGCUGGCGGUCAGGGGGUCACCUACAGGCCAAUAUAAGCCUCAUACAGGACUUAACUGUGUUCGCUCACACUGCAGAUUAAUGCACAUAAUCCAGGGUGCCUCCAUAAUGUGGCUGCAACAUUUACAGACUUGUUUUAUUAAGUCUAUUAACAAGUCAUUUAAGCUCAGAAACAGCUGAAUUAGCAGAAAGUGAAUGCAAAAAAGCAGAUCUUCUCAUCGGAUAAAAUCAGAAAACGUCAGGACUUUUGAUUUGACAUUGACUGAUUCUGGUUUUCAAGGGCUGAAACUGAUACCUAAUGAUAGUUAAUGAGACUGAUUGCUCAUCUCUGAACCGCACAUGCAUUUUCAGUUCUGCGAGACGCCCGAGGUGCUGCUCUAGCCUACCAAUCAUAUACCAGAGGGGACGGGACCGGUCACCCAGGUAUCCAGGAAAAAGAGGCACAAAAGAUGCACAAUUUUGGGACAGUUUGUGCAUUUGUUGCUGCUGGGUGUUGUUGUAGAUCGUGAGAAACUGAUACGGUUGAUGAAACAAAAAAAUAUCUUUUUCCCAGACACACCACCAUGUGAGGGUGUGAAUUUAAUCAAUAAAAGUGUGAGAAAGUAGAAAAAUGAAGUCAGUGAAAUGUUCAUAUUUAUAGACCAAUGUUUCUGUGGUAUAAGAACGCAAUCUGGCAGAAUAAGCUGAAUGAAACAUCCUUUUAAGAGCACAAACGGCAGUUUACACUAUCUUAUUCGACAAACAGAAACUGCUCCUCUGUUUCAAAAUGUCUGUUUGCCUUGCGUGUGUGUGUGUGUGUGUAAGUGUGAGUGUGUGUAUGUGUGAGUGUGAGUUGUAACAGUCAGAGGAGAUAGUAAGGGAAGAAGGAAGCAGGGAGGAUGUGUGUGACAGAAAGACCGUUACAGAGACAAGGCCUCGCGUUCAACAACAAACACACACAUCAACAAAAUUUCAAUAUACUGCUGCUCUUAAACUCACGAGAGGAAAAUAAUAAGUGCGUAUUUUUUUCAACAUGCAGGGAUCGAAACUGAAAAAGUGCACGGAUGUUAUUCUGCACUGUUUGGAGCUUGUUAUGUGACCUGAUGCUGCAGAGCUUCAAUGCAAAUAUUUGCCUUUGUGGAGGUUUGCAUGCAGACAUGUAAAUAAACGCAGAGAUACAAGAUCUGUGUGCAGCAGUUUGCAUAGAGAGAACUGUAUAUUGGUUAGGCGUGCUGGUAAACCACACACACACAUACUCCCAUACUCACAUACACACACAAACACACACACACACACACACACACACAAACUCACUGCCUGUUUCAUACACAUAUAAUAACCAAAGCCACAAACCAAGCAGAGUUUUGCAAUAAAUAACCACAGGAGAGACCUGACUGGACUUCAGCUCUACAGUAUGUGUGUUUGCCUCAAUAUUGCAUGAAAAAGACGAGAAGUUUUUCUUUUUUUUUUCAACUUUUUUACCCUCUAUGGAAGAAAAAUUUCACCUUUUCUCUGUUUUGAUCAGCUGCUAUAAUUUUACCCAGCUUUCAAAGAGUUCGAAAUGUUGGGAAGUGGGUGAGAAGGAGAUUGAAAGAGAGCAUGGGAGGACUUUUGAGAAAUUAGUUGAGUUGUUUUACCAGAAAGUCCUCCUCCUCCUCCUCCUCCUCCUCUUCCUCUCCUCGGUUUACUGUGAGCACCACUGUGUCUCUAAACCAGUCACUGUGUUCAAAGAGCAGAGCAGAGCUGAUGGAUCCUGUUAUUAGUUCAAACAGCUGUUUGGACGGUGAAUUUGAGCAAAUUCUGCACCUUUCUUUAAACUCAGCCUUCAUUAAUUGACAGACGGGAAAUAGAAGUCUAGAAUUAGAUAAAUUAAAAGUCAAAUUUGUACCCGACUUAAAGAUUCUGGUUUGCUUUACUGUCUCUUUUCUGAUCAUCUAUUCUGUGGGAGCCAAUAAAAGGAAGACUUUAAGGUUUUAAAACAGAGGGUUUAUCCUAUGGGAACCAUGAAAAUGCAACCAACAGCUCUUAGUGAUCUGCCUGUUGGUUUCAAAGUCUUAAUACACAAUCAUUUAUCGCCAGGGUGUCAAUAAAGUCAUAACUCUAUAGUUGUUAGAGGAGAGCGGGUGUAUCACCCUGGAGCCGUGAACAUGUCUAAUAUCUGCCUGUUUGUUUUUUCAGUCCUCUGGUAUGAUAGUGUCAACAAACUCAAGGGUUCAUCUUCUGGAGACUUCGAUCUCCGUGAUCAUCCAAAUAGUUUUAAAGUCCUCUUGUCUCAACAUUUAUCCCGAAGGUUUCUUUAAAAUGAAAGACUUUAAAGGUCCUUUCACACUGGGACCGUUUUUGUCGUGCGAUUAUUUCGGAUAUCAAUAUUUUUUUUCGAACCCGUAUCCUGUCAAUACUAGCGUUCACAUCAGCGACGUUUUCCUGUCCUGCAAUAUUGCAGCAUUUAUUUUUUCGGAUCAUGGUCGAUUUUUCCAAAGUUUCACAUACGGUGCGUCCACUUCUGACCAAUCAGAUAGCAUGUUGUUGCGACGUCAGAUUCAUCAGUAUAUCCAACAUGGCCGACCGGCUGAUUGUUUAUGAUCGUUUACACACACACUACAAAGAUAACGACCUGAAGGACAGCUUGUGGAGAGUCAUAGCGUCGGAUUUCUCAUAAGACGAUGUUUUGUGUGCUUUAACAGUUUGCUAAACACCUUUGUUUUAACUUUCAUCUGUGCUAAUGUUAGCUAACGGUUGUUACCAUAGUUUCAUGUGCUUAUCUUAUUGCCUCUGAUUGGCUGUAAGUGCUGACUGCUUGGCUUGAGCGUGUGAUAAUCACGUUCUAUAUUCGUGUCGGCCCCGGUGUGUAAGGACCUUAAGGUUUAAAAAAAGAGAGAGUUAAUCCUCAUGGGACCAUGAACAUGCACACAUAAAGAUUCAGUUAUCUGCCUGUUUGUGUUUAAGUCUUCUCGGCUGAUUAUUCAUCCUGUGGGUCUCAAUAAAGGUUGAGGUUUUUUAACAGAGGGUUCAUCCUCAAGGGAGCAGGAAUGUAGAGCAGGAAGCAUCCACCAUCUCCAAAAAACUGAUCCAUUAGAUGUUGGUGAUUGUGUAAAAAGAAUUUUGAAAUCGUAAUAUGAUGUUUGGAAAAGAGUGCGGAGGUUUCCUCUGGGGACACUGAAUAUUCCCAGCAUCAGCAGUUUAUGAUUUCAUGCUUUCCUUGGAGGGGAAUUCCAAUAAUGACUGAGGGGAAAGGGGGAAAAUACCGUCAGAUACUGGAUCUGAAAAUGGACAGCGCCAACUUUCCUGCGUUACACAUAAACGUGUGUGUGUGUGUGUGUGUCACUGAGCCGAGUUUUAUAUCUCUGUCUCUGUGAGUCUGCAAAAAUCAUUAUGACUCAGCGCUCUAGAGGACUAGACAUUAAAGCAAAUAUAACACACACUUACGAAUGUUAGUCACACACUUUAUGAUGACACACAACCAUAAAGAGACCCACAAGGAUUGAGGAUUAAGUAAAGGGUCUUUUUGCUUUUUAUUGUUGAAUCCCUCUCUCCCUCUCCCUCUCUCUCUCUCUCUCUCUGUUGUGGGUCAAUUAUCCAGCUGUGAUCUCAAUUAUCCAGCUGUGAUCUCAGGCUCUUAUUUUGAAGCUUGGGAAUAAGCACAGAAUACAUCUAUGGAUCCAUCCUGUGAAUGUUCGUCUUUUUCUCUUACACUCUGCGCUCACACACAUGUUCGCACCAGCAGAACACACACCUACGCACAUACACAGUGGCUCCCAUGUGGCGAUCUGGCCACACAUCACACGGCGGGGCUGUGCUGUUUGAUCUCGGUACCUUCCACUGUAAGAAAUGGCAGCGCUCAGAUGGUCGUUUUAUCAUGGAUAUGCACUUCUUUAAGUGUGUCUCAUGUCUUUUUUGUCAAAUAAUAGGCAGUUUUAGGGUAAAAGGACUAAAACGGUGCAAUUAAAACUGGAUUAAAUGUACUUGUGUUUUCCGUAGUGUAGUGUGGACGAAUAUUGGACUUUGUGUUGUUCCUUAAAAGUGGAUCAAAAUGUCAGAUUUUAGACUAGAUUCCCUCUGGGUUCAGUCUUCAUGUCAUUUUUUACAGCGUAUCCCUCCUCCUGUCCUUCUCCAUCAGCUGCGGCAGGAAGAUGGAGCUCCAAUAAAGAUCCCUUCAUUUCCUCUCCUCCUUUUCAUCUCUCCUCCCUCUCUGCUCUCCUCGCUCACUUCCCUCUCUCCGCCCACUUAAUCGCCUCUCUGUCUUUUGAUAUCAGACCCCGAUCUGGAUAGUUUCACACAAGCAGAUAUAUCUUUGAGAAAAAAAGUUUCAUGAGUUGAGGUUCAUUUUUAAAUCAGAUUAGAUUCAGGGGGAUUCAACAUCAUAGAGUUCAAAAGGAGAUACGUAAGCAGUGACUUGUAAAGUGACGUGGUGUAAAAAACAGGAUGUGAAGUGCUGUGAUAAAAAGUGAUCUGACUAAAGAUACAUGACGUAAAUUGUGUGGCAUGACGUGAUGUGAUGUGAAGUUAUGUGGAGAUAUCUUACAUGAUGGUGAAUGAUAAGAUGAGGUGAUUUAAAGCAAAGAGAAGUGACAUAAAGUGAUGUAAAGCAACAUUAUGUUUAGCCACGUUACACAUAGUGACAUAUGUAGUGCGGUGAAAUAAGUAGUGCAUCAUGACGUAAAUCAAAGCGAAGUGUACUGAUGUACCCUUAGCUCUUGAUUAUAUAAAAAACUGUUUGGAUUAUCAUAUGAGUAAAAGGGGACCACGAGCUAGGCCACAGACCAAGAUUGAUGGUAGACCUGAACCGUACCACAGCAUGAACCCAAUCCAAGCACUUCAUCAACUUUGGUCAAAGCUCAACCCUCUGUAAGUGUGUGUGUGUGUGUAACUGAAGCAGGAGGUUAGUGGUUGUGUUUUGGUUUACAGUUCGGUUAAGAGAAGGAGUAAACUUUCACUUUGUUUUCUUGAACUUUCUGUUAAAUCUGGUGGUAAAUAUUCGGCUACAAAAAUACGUUUUUGGAAAUGUGUGUUCUGGUUUAAAAAAUAGAAAAUCUAUUUCCAGCUGCCUUGCUUGUUUCGGUACACUUCCCCGCUGACUCUAACCUCCCCCGAAGUUUCGUGAAACCGCCAACAGCGAACAGCCAUCUGACGAUCGAUGGCGCCUCCGAUCUUCUGCGGCUUUUCAGCGUCCCCGUCCCAUUUUCUUCCUAGACCGCACUGGUUCCCCUCACCCUUAAUGGGCGAGACGGCGGCGGGUGCAUGUCUGUGCAGUCUAGUGGGACAGGUGUCCUAUGCGAGGCGAGGCAAAGUCCCUUUGGUGCUGUGGUUAACGAAGAAGUCAUGCAAUGAGUCGCCUCACCCUUUACUCACCCCCAUUUCCUUCCCUCCAUCCCCAUUUGUCCCCACAUUGUGGUUAACAACUAAAUGCAAAGAGUUGUCUUUAUGAGUGUGUGUGUGUCGCCCACACCCAUUAGCGCCCUGCUAUUCUGUAUUGUAAAUCCGCCCAGCGCCUAAGCCUUCUGAUUUAUUCAUCGACUCAUUUGGGGCUCCUUGCGUCCCCGUGUGGUCGGGUUUAAGCGUGUCUGAUUGGCUGAUCCUGAUGGUACCUUCCACUUUGAUGACCCGCUUGUGUUUUCCAGAAUCUUCUGGGUUACUUAGCAUGCAAACGUGCACGCACACAUCGACACGUGCACGCACACAGAUGCUGCAAAAAGCACAAAGUAACCAAAGCCUGAGGGGUGUGAAUGGCUAAUUACUUGAUUGGAAGUGUCCUUCUAUAACUGUCAGAAGUGAUCUGAGCCAUGGAAACACUCAUUGAUUUUUGUGGCGGUCUAUAAUGACAGCAGAUUGAGGUGUGUGUAUGUACAGUAAGCAGCUGUAAUGGACAAACUGUAAGACCUCUUGAACUGAGUAACUUGUGUCUUCCAAAAGUUGAAAAGUAUUGAGUUAAAUCUUUCAGUCUGUUAAAGUGUUAUAAACUUCUAGAUACAGCGAUAAAGUCAUAUGGGAGUGGAAAUUAGAAUUAUUCAGUCAAAAAUUGGUGUUGGAAACUCUUCGUAAAGAACCAAAGACAGUAAAUGUCAUGAAGUAGAAAGUAGGACAAAGGAUUGAAAUGUCAAAAAAGCCAACUUUUUCUGCCUGAUUACAGCCUAAAUAAGGAUUUAAGUACAAUAAGUAAGAAAACGCUUGUUGCCAUAGAUAGCCCGCUUGCGAUUGACAAAUCCUAUGAAAACACAGCCUCAUUUGCUCAUUGGUACAACAUUCCUGGUCUAUUUGUCUUAAUAAUUCUAAUUUCCACCCCCGUAUGACUUUAUCGCUGUAUCUAGAAGUUUAUAACACUUUAACAGACUGAUAACCGAAGAUUCUCACUAUCUGUCCUGGUCCUGUUGUCCUCCUUCCCUCGAUCCCUCGUUUCCUUAGAAAUCUCCUCCUCAAUCUCUCUCUCAUCCUUCUCUUCCCGCCCUCGAGGCCUUGACUCAUCUGUCCGUCCACACACCACUCCUGCUUCUCUCUUCAUCGAGAGGAGACCUCGCCUUAGAUCAUUCACUCCUUAGCAUCAGCGCAACAAAACUGUUCAUUUGCUGUUCCCGUGGUGAAGUUUUUGAGAACUUUUUAGUCAUGAAUGUCGGAUAUAAACUUUAAAAAGUGUUAGAAAAACACUUUAAGCUGUGUGCGAUUAUCUGUCAGCGCUCUAACAGAGUCACGGAGUGGACAGAAUCGGACAGUAAACCUUUCUGAUCAGUUUUGACGUCUGUAUUCACAGUCCGGCCUGAAGUGUGUGUGUGUGUGUGUGUUUCUCCUUUUAGUCAGUGUGUGUGUGAACUAAAAGUUUCUGCUCUAAUGCACCUGCUCAGCCAUUCAAACUGCACUAAACACAGCCCGAGGCACUUCUAUCUUCUUCUCUUCCUCCAUCUUUCUCUCUCUAUUUGUCGUGCUGUCUCUCCGUCAGAGACAGUGUCUCAUUUUUUCUGUCUUCCUCCGUUUUAUCCGCAUUUAGGAUGAACAUUUAAAACGAACUUUGAGUGUGUGCAUGAUUGAGGAGUUACGCUCUCCCUCUCUCUCUCUGUUUCGGUCUCCCUCCUUCUCGCUGUCCUUCAUUUUUUGUGUCAGAAAAUCAAUUUUUAGUUAAGCAAGAAUAAGCCCAUCCUCUCUCAUCAUAGAGGCCGGCUGAAUAAUUCAACACAUACAAACACACAAAAGGGGGAAAACACACUCUUCUUCUACAAAUUAAGAUUGUUUUUAACCAUUUAUAGUGGAAUUGUGGCAUUAGUGGGGCUUUUUAACACUAUAAGUGUUUGUGUUACAAAAUGAAACAGCUAGUAAUCCAAUUAUUCUUUUCCGAAGAGUGGACCUUAAUUUAAAGAAUUUCUUAACAUGUCAAAAUUUGAAAAAUGGAGAACUGUGAAAUUGUGAGACAUAUUAAUGAGAUAAAAGUCAAAAUUAUAAGAGGAGUCGCUUGUUGUGAGACAGCAAUAAGGUAUAGCGAUAUGAUGUGAUGUGAUGUAAAGUAACAUUAAGUAGAGCUAUAAGACAUUAAGUGAUUUGACCUAAGAGAUGUGUUUUACAAAACUGCUAUGGUGUCAUGUAAGUGACACGUCAGGUGACAUGAUGUCAAAUGACAUGAUGUAGAUGUAACAUUACGUGACGUGACAUGAUGAUACAGUACAUGAAGUUAAAAGAGACAAAAAUGAUGUGACAUGAUGUUAAGUAUACUAUACUAUAAAUUAUAGUAAUGUGAAGUCAAUUACUGUAUGGUAAAGCAAUGUAAAGUGUCUAAGUAUAAAGUGACCUUACAUAAAGUGCUGUGACGUAAAUUGGUGGAUGUAGAAUAGCAUAAUGUUAAGUAACGGAACGUAAAGGAAAGUAAUGUUUAAUAAUAUGAAAUAAAUUAGCAUAACGCAAAUUAAGGUGAUGUAAAGUGAUGUAACAUAAAGUUAAAAACUGUGACCCGAAUCGAUGCGAUGUUCAGCGAUGUGAUGUGAGGUUACUCGACAUGAACUGACACGACGUGAACUGACACAUUAAAUAAUGUAAAGUAAUGAGGUGUUUGAUGAUUCGCCUCAUAGUUUUAACUUUUUAAUCAAAAUUAUGACUCACUGACAGUUAUGAUUUCCUGUCUCAUAAUUUCAAGUCACAUUUCAACUCUCUUUCAUAUAUGUAAAUGUUUUUUUCAUUGUCAUUUUGUUCACAUUUGAGAAUCCCUUAAACAAACCCAAAUAGGUAAAAUGUUAAGCUAUUUUUUUAAUUUCAUUUGGCUCUCAGCUUCAGUGAUAAAUGUUUGAAAAUUGUAUAAAACUUCUAUGCAACACAAAACAAACUAAGCUGCAUUGUAACUCGCUAAGAUCAGUUUUAAUACCACUUUUUAGCCGUCUCUUGUAGUUGUAGUUUUUUCCCUCCCUUUUCCCUCCUUUUUCCUCCUUUUCCCUCCUUUUUUCCUCCUUUAGUUUAAACAUUAAUGUGAUUGGUAUUUGUCUUUGUUUAACGACAACCUUUCACUUCUUCCUCCAUCUGCCGCUGAUAGCUUUACGGCAGCACCCUGUUGCGGCUAGUAUCGUAAAGAAACGUCGGUUUGAGCUGUAAAGUAAUUAAGGACUCUGUGAGCAGCACCGCAUACGUUUUUGUUUUAGAUUAGAUUGGAUUGCAACAAUCUUUCAAGAAGCCACCUCACAUUUGAAGACACACUUGGCAACUUAAAAUUGACAUUACACUUUAUCAAGUAUAUACAAACAUAUCCUAACACCCACUCUAAGUGCAUUCUUUUGAAUGAAUAACUCCUCUAUUUUUAAACAUAUAUUAUACAAAAUCACAUAAUGAUUGAUUUAGACUGUUUGCAAAAGGCCCAAUUAUACAUUUUAUAGCUAAUUAUUGUAAACACAUAAAUUAAAAUAGGUUUUAAAGUAAAAUUAAGAACAUUUAUGCCUUAUUUCUGCUGAAAAUGUAAAUUUAUUUCUAAAUAUAUCACAUAUCUGGAUUUUGACUAUGACACGUUUUGUAAAGAUUUUAGCAGUAAUAAAAUGCACUUUAUGUAAAACAACAUAAUUUGUGUGUUUUUUUUUGUUAAAAAGUGUGUGUGGAGGACAGUUUUCAUCAUGAUGCAGCAGUAUAAUUACAGCUAGGUUGCAUUUCUGUGUGUGUGUAUGUGUGUUUGUCUAUGCAACGUUUUAAUGUGACUGUGCAUGAAUACCUGUGUGUGUCCUCUGUGUGUGACUGUAUGUCCUUGUGCAAGUCUGCAAAUUGCAUGUGUGUGUGUGUGUGUGCGUGUGUGUGUGUCAUUCUGUGCUGCUGCUAACUGAUAUGUCAGAAAAUCAAUUAAUUACUUUUAAGCGGCAGUUAACUGCAUCCGCACAAUACACCCCAUGAAUUAUAGAGGAGGUGUGUGUGUGUGUGUGUGUGUGUGUGUGUGUGUGUGUGUGUGUGUGUACAUUCAGUGUCUGGCUGUGUGUGUGUUGGUGAUGGUGUGUGUGUUUUUGUGUGUAAGGAAGGAAUAGAUUUGGCUGCUCUGUUAACUAGAGACAAUUGCUAACUCCUCCGUCACUGAUCAAUUGAUGAGAGUGCUUCAAUACAAAUCUACUGAAGUGUCUGAACUGACUCAACGUGUCGUCUUUGGGGUGUGUGUGUGUUCCUACUGUUGUAUCAUGUUUGAUACAAAAUGCUUCAAAAAAGCCCCAAAAAGUUUUUAAAAUAACUUUUUAUCUGUAUUUGUUUAACCCUGCUUCUCCCCAAAAGAGUAAUACUUAAUAAAAUGUUAAUGAAAACAGGUUUUCAUAAAAACUGUGUUAUUGUUUGAAAAUAGAGCAGAGAACAUGUUAAAACUUUAAAACAUGAUUGUUUUAUAAAAAAUAUAUUAUCCAUGAUUUCCAAAAGGAAUGUCCAAGCUUUAAAUUGGAAUUGUGAUUGUAAAUACAAUAAAUGUAAAGCUCCCGGAACAAGACUAAACUUAAGAUUGUAUAACCUUAAAUAUAUAUCAAACUAGCAGCUUAAAGACUGAUUAUUUCCACAGGUUGGUUUUAAUUGUCUGGAUCUGCUGCUACAGGGUAGCUGAGGGACAAGUAUCCUUAAUAAACAUAUUUUUUCUAAUUUUCAACAGCAAAGGAUUUAUUUCACCUAUGAAAAUAUAUGAACAUAUGCUCAGAAAAUAAUCUGUAAAAACAAACUAGUACCUCUUUUUUAACUUAAAGUUGCUGACAGGAGCUUUAAUGUGUCUCAAAGCGCUUUAUUUAGGUGUAAAACUAAGGAGUUUAAAGGAAAAACUAGCUUUUCAUAUUUGUUUUUUUAUACUUCACAUGUUUUGGUUGCACACACAUGAAACAGGGUUUUAUUUUGAAGGGUAAAUCAGUUUUAUGUGAAUCAAAACAUCCUUAAUUAAAAGCUUGAACCCUGAAUUCUGGUGUUUCUGAGUGUAAUUUCACAGCUAUCAUUUUAAACUCAACGAUGUGUCCACCAGGCUCAACAUUACGGCAAACUUAGGGAGCUAUAAGGGUUGCCAGAUCAAUUAAUAUUUCACAUAAAGUUUCUUGUAAGGAUUAGUAAUAAAAAUCUAGAAAAUUGUGGAAUAGCCCUUUAAAGUGUUGAAGGUGCUGAUGAGAAACCAGAGCGAUAAAACCAGCGGACACCCUCUUUUCCCCCCGACUCUCUCUCUAUCUCCCCAUCGAUCCCUCGCUCAGGGUGGCGGCUUGUGUGUGUCAGUCAGUGUGCGUAUGUGCGCAUGUAUAUGUGUGUGUGUGGUAUUGAUCCUCGCCAUGCCACUGUCACUGGCCUCAGGGUGGCCUCAGCUCAGGGGACAGCAGGGACAGACAGCCGCUGGCAGACCGAGAAAUGACAUUCAGUUUUUGACUUUUCCACUCCAGCAGGAUGACAGUGGGCAAAACCUUUUUUUUCCUCCUUUAAUAAACACUUAUUCACUUAUUUACAGCUGCAAGUAAAAUUCUCUUUUAAGGCAGAAACCUCAGACAGGACCAGAUACGGUUGAAAACAGCUCUUGGGUUACAGUCAGUUAUUUUUGAAAGGAUUCACAGUUGUUGAUAAGGUAUGUACCUGGGUCUCUCAAGCUGACCGAUCAGAAUGAAGCCUAAAAAGCCAAAAAUAGUGAGAAACUGUGUUCGUCUUAGUUAAACUGCCAACAAACUAAAUCCAAGUCAUUAAAGUCAAGUCAAUCAGAGGUAGAGACCCUAAACUUUGCAUUAAAGGUCCUUUCACACUGGGACCGUUUUUGUCGUGCGAUUAUUUCGGACGUCAAUAUUUUUUUCGAACCCGUAUCCUGUCAAUACAAGCGUUCACAUCAACAACGUUUUCCCGUCCUGCGAUAUUGCGGCAUUUAUUUUUUCGGAUCAUAGUCGAUUUUUCUAAAGUUUUGCAUACUGUGUGUCCACUUCUGACCAAUCAGAUUUCGUGUUGUUGCGACAUCUGGUUCACCGGUAUGUCCAACUUGGCCGACCGGCUGAUUGUUUACGUGUCAGAGAACAGAGUGCUUUUUGAUAAAAGACAAAUAUUACAAAGAUAACGACCUGAAGGACAACUUGUGGGGAGUCAUAGCGUCAGAUCUCUCAUAUGACGAUGGUUUGUGUGCUUUAACGGUUUGCUAAACAUCUUUGUUUAAACUUUCAUCUCUGCUAACGUAAGCUAAUGGUUGUUACCAUAGUUUCAUGUGCUUAUCUGGUACUGGCCCUGACUCAGUACAUGCUAUCAUGACAGACAGACAUCUCAGCACUAGUGUCUAGUCCUCUGCCCCCUCAGCAAAACUUCAAAUUGUCCGUGGUACAGUUUCAGCUCCUGAACCAAGCAGUGAAAUUCACCAAGCUCUCUUCUUUUUUGAACUAUUGGAGGCACCCAUGUACUACAUUUCUUUUUCUUUUGAGAAAGCAAAAGGAGUACCAUUCGCCAUCACUGGAAGUUGAAGCAGACUCCAUUUUUGUCUUCUUGCUUCCACCCGGGACGAUGUAGGACGGUAAGGGAAGGUCCUGCCCUCCUUCGCCUCUGAUUGGCUACAAGUGCUGACCAUUUGGCUCGAGCGUGUGAUGACGUGUCCAGCUUUUCUAGCCAAUCAGAGGCGAAGGAGGCGGGAAAAAUCUUCCCUGGGAUGUGUCUUUUUCCCCUCGGAAAGUCGCAAAAUCGCAUCGGGCUUGAUGUGUAUAGUCAGGCGUGUCAAAAUUCGCCUCCGAAUAUUUCGUAAUUUCACGUUCUAUGUUCGCGUCGGCCCCAGUGUGUAAGGACCUUAAGUCUUCAAAUGAUGAUGCUUUGUGACGUCAAAUUAUGACGAAGAGAAAAUUGUGAAUAAAAAAGCAAAGUAGUCAAGUUCCCACGGCCGCUCUAUGGCUAACCAUCAUCCACACACUCCCUCACACACACACAGAGGAUAAACUUUGCUUUCCUGGGCCUGGUUUUGGCUCACUAUGAACACUCAUACACACACUAUCGCACUCCAGACGACCACAGUGGCUCACCAUAACCCAGUGACACACCAGACACACUGUUGGUCUGAGGUUGCCGGGCUCACACAGUCACAAAUACACGCACACACACACAGUUUCUGUCUUUCUCUAAACACACAUUUACACACACAACUACACUAACACAGGCACACACACACACUGGGAGUUUGUGGUGAUGUCACCAGCCAGAGGACCUCUGGGAGAGUCUCUGUGGGAAGCUCAGUGUCCAGCAGUGUGUGUGUGUGUCGUAGUGGUCACCUUGAGGUUUGGAUCUGGAUCUGGAUUUAGCUUGAACCAGCAGAGGAAGGUCCAGAAAGGGUGAUACGAUCAAACUUCGGCUCUACUGGUUAAACGUUUAUCAGGUGUAAGAUGAGACCGGAGAGGGAAACAGACAUUUUUGCCACAGUGUCAACAGGCCGCCUCCUACCGUAGAUUGAUUUGAUAUUUCCUUUGUGAUAAGGUUUUGACCAAUCAGAAUCAAGCUUUUAACACAGCUGGGUAAAGGCUUAAAGCUCCAGUGAGGAACUUUUAGUUUGUGUUGAAUUUGGCGCCCCCUCUGGUCUGACACCUACCUGCCAUCAGCGGUUUAAGGCAUUAAAAAUAACGUUAUUAAAUUAAUUAAUCUUCUGUUUGGCAGUCUUGUUUGCUGAAGUAGGUCACAUCAGUGGAUGUAUAUUAAUUUUUGUCAGUUUUAUAACCAGAAAAAAAACAAGUCCACAGAUGAAAAUGAGAAGUUACAUGUAAAGAUCUAAGUCCUAAACAGGUUCACAAAAAAACUUAAAUUAGGACCCCAAUUUCUGACCUCAAUUUUUAACCAGAACUUCAGAGAAAAAGGAAAGAGUGAGGAAGAAAGGAUGAAGGAAAGAAGGAAAAAAGGGGGGAAAUCGUUUGAGUAGCUAAAUGAAAUUAGCAGCUUUAAAGAGCCUGAGGGCAAAGUGGAGCCGUGUCCCCCGUGGCUACGCUUUAGAGAAGGAGGGAAUGAAUUAAGCUUGACUGGCUCCUUCCUUCCUCCUCCUCUUCACUCCCUCGCUUCGUACUCCCUCACUUUUUUCAUGUUUUUUGCUAAUAUGAAGGGUGAGAUAAAGGGAGGGGGGGUGAGGAGAGAGAUGAAGGGGUAUAAAAGCAGUUUGUGGAGGUGAGGACAGGCUGGAGUGCCUUUUAUCUGCGAGAGUUUUCUUACUCUCGCUAAUUCAAAUUUUAGGCUUGAGACUAAAUCAAGAAGAAAUCAUCCCAGUGGUCCCUUUUCUUUCUCUUUGUGUUUACUUUUCCUUUCCCUGCUUUUUCCUACAAUUUGUUCCUUUCUCCUCAUUAUUUUUACCUUGGUAUUAUCUUUGCUCUUCCCUCUGGGUGUUGGACUUUUGGCCCCAGCAGUUGCCGCUUCUGCACCCAGGAUCGAAGCAUGAACCCUGGGGCGUUCUCCGGCUCGGGCCCCCUGUCCUGGGCCAUGUACCUGAUGAGAAAAGGCCGGACAGGAAGCGGACUCUUUGGUAAAGCUUGUUCCACGCCUCAUAGUCAUCAUCAUCAUCAUCAUUAUGACACAUUCAUACCAGUUUCUGUGAUGUUAGCCAGUUUCAGCCAUGUUUUUGUUCUGCAUUUCAUAGUGUUGUACAGGCCUCUGCUGAUUUUAAGUGUCUGUGUUGAGCUUGUCACACUUAAAUCCUCCUAAAAAUUCACUUUAAAGCUCCUGUGGGGGGAUUUUAUCUGGUUAUCAAACAGCCUAAAAGCAGUAUGGAUGUCUCCUCAAGAGUUAGAAAAGCAAAUGAGACCAUUAGCGACAUGAGUGACAAGUUUAAAGUUGUUGAAUUUGCUGCCUGAAGCCAUUGCUGCAGGGUAGGUGUCAGCCUGAUGAACGCUGUACAUUCCCAACUAAACACAGAUUCUCAGUGCAUGCCACGUUUUCUUUUCAAGUAUGUUACGCAUGAUACGAAGCUGUUAUAAAAGCCAGACGUUGUGCUUUGCUAUGAAUUCAACCAAAUUGCUCACUGACUUAAAGCUCCUGUGAAGAAUUUUCAGUUUAAGGGGAUAUUGGCUACACCUUACACCUACCAAUACUAAAGAUGACUACAUAGAAAUAAUCAAUCUUUAUUAUUGUGGUCUAGUUUGCUUUAGUAGGUUGUCAAGAGAUAUUAAUUUUACUACAUUUCAAAACUAGUGAAAAACUACCUACAGGAGCUUUAAUACGAGGUCCUGGAUUAGUUCUGUCAAUUUGAGAAGACUGGUUUAAGACGGUGUUUGUAGAGAUAUUGAAACGCUUUGACAUCGACUUGAAUCUAAACAGAGGGAACAGAGACAGUUACAAACUUUAAGGAUAUUUCUAUAGUCAAGAUUAAAUAGUUUUUAUUUUAAUGUUCAAAAAUGUAGUAAAUCUUUUAACACUUGAAAUUAUUAAGGCUAUUAAGGCUGAUUUAAAUGUUGCAAAUAAUGUCUUUCUUUAAUUUUUUGUCAGGUUUGCAUAUGAACCUUAAAGCAAAAACAAGCAUGCUCUUAUUUUGUCAUAUUGUUUCUUGGAUCCUUCAUGUAUUUGAGGAUUUUGUGUUUUUUAUUUAAUUUAAUUGAGAGUUUUCCUUUUAUGGCUGAUUAUAUAAAACACAGCUGCCAUCAAUAACUUCAAUAGAUGAUUGUGACCGAGUAUUGAUUAUGGAUCGGAGAACAAAGACCAGCUCGUGUGACCAGUCAGUCAGUGGUAAACGCUUGCUGAGCGAAAUCUAACUCCUCCUCCUCUGUCUGGCUUUUUCCUUCCUUUUUCCCCCUUUUUUUUUGCCAAUAUCUUUAUUAGAUCAUUUACUAUUGACAUAAACUUCAUUGCUUCAGAAUUUCAGUUAUAGGAUUGUGUAGAAAGGCACAUUUGAGCAAAACAGAGAGGAUCCAAACUUUUAAUUGUUAAUGGCAGAGAAAAUAAAAUACCUAUAAAUCAUUAUUUGACAUUUUUGAUACUUUUGGCAUUAAAAGGAUCUUAAAACAUGACGGUGCUAUGAUGUUUGGCUGUACGAGCCACCACAGGCACUUAAACUUGGUAUAGAGUGUGUCUGUCUCUUGGCAAAAGGCCUGAAAUUCACAGAUAUAUAGUUUCAAAGCAUCCUAUAGUGUCUGCAUUAUUAAUCAAUGUGGUUCUAUCAGGAAUAAAUGUCCAGUGUCAGAUUUAAUGACACUAACUCUGAUGAAAUUGCAGGUUGGCAGAUGAGCUGUAGCUGCAGAGAAAUUCAAGUUUGGCUGCUUUUUUUUUGCAGUUUUAGUUUCAGUCAGAGAUUUUUUUUUCCCACACGCCAUCCUGAAGAGCUGAAUACACAGGUGGUCUUCAGAUCACCAGUUUUAAAAAAAAGAGGGACUAACAGGCCCCAGACGAGGGAGUGAAAAAUAGAUAUUUCCAAAGGCAAAUCACGUCAGCGUCCAUCUCAGGCCGACACGAGAGUGGAGGCGUUUUACAUUUUUUAUCAUCUCCCCUUCGGCUACAGAGGGACGCAAGAGAGGAAGGAGCAGAGUGGCGUUUCUCUAAAACUCAUCCGACAGCAUGUUGGUUUAACUCGAAUCAAAUCAACUGACUCCUAAAAAGACCCCAAUGAGGGGGGUGCUCAGGACACUGAAUACUUAAACCUUUCAGAAUAAGGGUUUAUUAUGAAGAAGGGAGGGAUUAGGAAUCAAAACUGCCUUUGAUUUGAACAACGAUGUAAACAAAUAUGGUGUUUCUGCUUCAAAAAGGUCUGAGAGGCUCUUUUUAAUAUAUUGUAGAGUUAUUAUGGACAAUUACAUUUCUCUACAUUUUUUUCAUCCAAUCCUUUGAUGAAGAUUUUAUUUGAAAUUUAUUUCUCACAUAUCAGGCUCUCACCAGACUCAAAGAUUGGCUGCACUGGUGUGAGCAGAUCAAAAUUAAGACACUACACAGGAUGUAAACCUCACAAAUGCCUUUAAACACCCUUUUGAAUCUUAUUACUGUCUUUUCAGCUCCUUGUCUUAAACUUUAACUCACACAGUCUGGAUUUUUGUCAGAGUUUAAAAGCAAAAAGAAAUUCUAAUUCUGGCACAAUUAAAAUAGUUUAUAUCAUGGAGAUUUAAGCGUCUUUUAAAUAAGAAUUGAUAGAUUUUUGUGAAAAUGUGACAUAAUUUCUUACGAAUAGAAGAAUGAGAAACAAACUCCAUUUAAAAAAGAUGUGAUUCAAGCUUUUUCUGAUUUCUUUGUAGCUAAACAUCAUGAGAAAAUGCAUUUCUGCUUUUGUCCUGCAAUAUUGAACUGAAAGUAUCCUUUUUUUAUUUCCCAGCACAAUUUUGUGUUUAAAUUUAAAUAUUUUAUCAAUAUUUGUGUUUCUCAUUUCUGCACAGAAGAGUACAGGCUGACUGCAGGCUGAAGCAUCUCACUCUUAGUUUUACAAAUAGUCAUCAUAAAUUAAACCAAAAAGCUCUGAAAACUUUACAAUACAAUGUUUAUAUUAAAUUAAAUAUGCCUUAAUUGUCAAAUUUGCCUGACCAACUCGUUUAUCAUGAGUGACUUUGCAAUAACAAAAAUGAUAAUUUUUUUAGUUACCAACAGACAUCACCAUAGAUAAGACUGCAUAUGCAAAAUAAAAAAAUCAAGAAUAAAAAAUAAUGGAUCCUGAAUAAAAUACAGAACAUCAUUUAUAGCAUAAAGAUACAUUUAAAUAAUGUAAUAAUAAAUAAGAACAACUUCAUAGGAUCUGCAUGGAAAUAAAUUGAAGUGUGGUGGGAUUUAAUUCCAAAUUCAUCCAUUAAAAUGAACCUUAAUGUGUAUUUAUAAAUUAUUUUUUGUUACCUAUUUUGUUCAAAACAGUAUAUAUCUGUUGUAAAUUUCAGCUGCUGCCUUAUGUUUAAAUGUUAAAGUUGCUAAAAAUAAUAAUGAAGGGGACUUGAUCAGUUUUUUUCUGGCAAUAAGACGCUUUUUUUUCAUAAAUGAAGUCAGGUUUGACCUCUCUGAUUGCCUCCAGUGUGUGUUUGACUUGCUGUUGUUCAUGACUCAGAUCACCUACUGCCCCCUAUCGUUUGUAUGCUGUACUGACAGCCUGCUGUGAUGGUCUGCCUUCGUUGUCACCUGAACAAAAAGUGGUUUAUUGCACUUUCAGGGAAUCAAACAGGUUUAUUGACAUUAUGUGUCUAAACACAUAUGAAAUUGAUUAUUAUAAUUUGAUAAAUUACAAUAAAAAAUAAAUUUAAACAAAGGAAAAAGAUGAAAACUUAGAAAUAGAUGGUUUUGUUGCUUUUUCCAUGUAAAGCUUUGAUACCUUCUUUAAUGUUUGCAUGUUUUAAACGCUUUUUUCCGCAAAUUCUAUUUAUUUACUUAUUUUUUAAACUCGUUUUUCAUCCCAGUAAAACUAUUUCUCAGAUAUUUAACACUAUAUUCAUCUUGAGCGUAUGUAAGAUGAUUGCAUAUGUUCACACCCUAAUCUCAAAGAGAUAAAGUCACUUCAGCAUGUCAGCAAACGGCUUCGUUUUCUUUCUCCCUCUAAGCACCGCCCCCUCCCGAACGGACAUAACGCUGAUUGGCCCGUCCCUCUCGGGUUACAGGCAGCGGCGCGCUCUCUGAUUGGCUGAGAGUCGCUCUGUGUGCGGAUGAAAUGCAAAUCUGGAGGUCUGCCGGUAAAAGCCUGGCGCUGUCAGCCGGGAUGCCAUUCAUGUAGACGGGUAGAGAGAGGGGGAGAGUGUGGCGUGAGUGUGGCGAUAUAUUCUGUAUUAAAACUGAACAAGAUUUUAAACAGAGGAGUUGAAGUUAUAUCGGAAUUUUUUGCAUGUUUUGUCUGAUUUUCGAUGUUUAGAGCGCGAUCGAUCGGCAACAAGGAGACACGCGGAGCUUCGAAGACUCCUCAAAAUCCAACAAGAGUGACUUUUAUUGAAAAAGGAGAAGACUAGAAAUCUCUUAUCUGUUGUUUUUCAAGCUUUGGAAAUCUCUUUUGGACUUUAAGGGACUUUUAAGAACGAAGGGUGAACUCCAGCGCGAACGGGGCGCUGCGUGGCACGACAGUAGGCGACUAUUUACGGACAAUAACAAGAAGAGGACAACAAAGUGGCGAAUUUUGACGAAAGAAAUCUGAAUUUCAAAGCUGAAUCCGGACUUUUACGGUGAAGAUCGGGGAAGUUGAGUAUCUGUGGGCGCACUGUGGCGCACAAAUGGUGUUUCUGUGGGACGCAAAAUACGGUAAAAACCCUCUUUUUCUUGGAUAAAGCUUUUUAAGAGGAGAAUAAUAGCGCAUCUUUGUGAUUUUGUAUGUGAAGCCGGAGGUGACAGUUUUAUGUGCGUGUCAGGGAACAUAUGCGAGUCAUCUGCGCAUCGCUGUGAUGGAUUUCAUCUUCUUUUGAUCCCUUUAUUUCCCUUUAAACCCAAAUGUGCUUCUCUGUGCCAGGAUUUUAAUGAGGCUGUUGCAUUUGAGGACCUCUUAAAUAGUUCCCUUUUUAUAUGGUGUUAUUUUAUCAGCUGUAAGGAGGUAAAAUGAUAGUGAUCUUCUGCUUUUGUAUUUGUAACUUCCUCCAUUGGUUUACCACAGAUAUCAAGUUUAAGUUUGCAAGGAGGUGCAAAAUAAUUUUUUGAAAAUAACAACUUCAAUGUAAAUUUAACAUAAAAGUUUUCCCCUUUUUCACACUUAGAUGCUAUAAAGUGGUUAAAUAUUGCUAAUAAUGGCUGUAUUUUAAUGAUGUGAGGAUGUGGAGCAAUGCUGGGUCAUAUUUCAGGCUUUAUUUCACGCUAUCAACAUUAUUUUUCCUAUAAAGUAAAACAUGAUCAUUCUCUUUAUCAAUCUCUUCAUUUUUGCUGCUUUUCCUCGGACUCCACACAGCAGCACCAGCCUAACUUUUAGUCCCAAAGGUUUUUAAAAUCAAAAAUAAAAAGAAGAAAAUUUAUCACAGCAGUAAUUCACUAAUAGGAGAGAAUAAGUCUGGAUCACCUUCCCGCUGAUUUUGCUGCUCCAGUCGUAUAACUGCUUGAAUUUCAGAUGAUUUCACCUCUCGAAGCAGCCGUGUGCUCAUAAAAAGCCAAUAAAACUGAACAUGUACCACCCAUUAGGGUUAUAUUUAAAGCGUACACCUACAAAUGAUAUAAACACUUUAUUUUUCCUACAUAUUUUUAGCAGAUACAGCUCUAUAAUUCACAAAAGCUUUUCUCGGAUUUUCUCUUAACUUUACACGGCUUCAUUUCUGGUUACUGAGGCCCCGAAAAUCUUUAUUUUUCAGGCUUUAAUUUGGACUAUAUUUAAUAAGUCAAACUGAAUUAUUCCUACUAGAUAUAACUCCAUAAUCUGCAAGAGAAAUGUUUGUUUCUCUCUCCUGUUUUUGAUGCCUUUCCCCUAACUUUGCACAGCAGUGUCAGCCUCAAUUUCAGUCGCAGAGGGCCUUAAAAUUUAACAUUUACCUGACAUUUACUACAACAGUAAUCUGCUGAAAAAUGAGAAUAACUUGGUGUCACUUAAUGGUGUAGAGGGUUUAAUUUCAGAUGAUUUUACCUCUUGGCGCAGCCUUGAGCUCAAUUUACACCCUCGCUGCAUCCUUCAGCUUUCAGUUUUGCUCCUUUGACGAUGGCAUGGUGACACUGAGAGACAAAGAGCAGCAGAGAUAGAAACGUUAAUGUUUUUUUAGAAGAUGAUUCACAGAUUUAACAGUGAAGUCAAGACAAAUCAACAAACUUUGAAAUUAUGAUCCCAUAAGAAAAGGUGGGUAAUUCUGUGCUCCUGCGUCUGUGGUCGUUCUCACUGAGGUUACAGUCUGUGAGGUAAAUACGGCGGUGUCAGAGUGAGGGUUUCAAACUGUAAACUAAACUCCAAAACCGCCAGCAUGUGGCUGCAGUUGUGGGUUGGCCGCCUGACAAACCAGCAGAGAGGAAAAGAGAGACAGAGUGAAAGACAGACAGCUGCCCGUUUAUCAGCGUCUCUCUUCCCUCACAAUUAUUCCCUGAAAGCAGAGAGCGGCUGCAGACUGCAGCCUGAUGACUGCACGCUCUGGUAUGUGUGAGCACAGUGUGUGUCAUAGUGUAAUGUGUGUGUGCGUGCGUGUGUGUUUGACUUUUACACGACUGGUUUUCUCUUUUUUGUCUCAUGGUUUUAUUUUGUCAUACAGCUCUCAUAUAAGUCUAUUUCACUCAGUUUUUCACUGAACCUGUAUAAAGAUAAACCAAAUCCCAUUCAUAUUUUUGGUCAUUUAAGAUUUUUUUAUGUAUGAUUAGUCCACUUUUUUUGGACAUUCACAAUGUGUUAUGCUAUCUAAACCAACAUUUAAUAGAUUUAACUAAUCUGUAACAGCUAAAACUAUCAGGAAGACUAGAAAAAAAUCUGUUUUUACCAAAAUAAAAGCUGUAAAAGUCUGAAUUGAUUGACUAACAUGACGAAAUAAUGUUACAUAGGUUUUUUACUGAGUCAAUCUUUAAUCCAGAGCUGUAAACGAACUGGACUGACUUCUGUUUUUGUCCUCAGACCCAGCCCCUGGCCGGCGUUACACCCCCCCCUCCACUACCCUCGCCUCAGGGGGGAAGAUGGCCGAGGCACUUCCGCUGGGUGCCCAGGAGGCUGGAGGCGGGUCUUCUCUGGUGGGCAAACUCCGCAUGGCCGACCGCGGCAUGGUGGAGGUACGAGAACAUGAAGAUAAAUGUAAAAACUCUGAUUGAGUUUGCUCUCACACCACAUGGGAGAUAACUGCGGUGUAUGUUUCAGGUGAUUCCUGACCAUCCAGGUGAGCUGAUGAAGACUGACAGUCCUAACUUCCUGUGCUCGGUGCUGCCCACACACUGGAGGUGUAACAAGACCCUGCCCAUCGCCUUCAAGGUGUGUUACUUACUACUUUUAUUACAUUAAAGCAUCUAAAUAUUAAAGCUACUUUAAGGAGUUUUUUUCACUGGUUAUAAAAAACACUCAAGUCAAUUAUAAUAGUCCUACAUGACUAAAUGAACUGAAUAAGACUCACAACAAGCAGUCUGCUUCUGUCUGUGUUGUUGUUAUUAACUCUAAAAACUGUGGUGAGAGGUAAGUGCCAGGUGGACAGAAUUCUGCAGAAACAGCCACUAUUAUGUUUAAGUUUUGUCAUAUAACUUUGUACAGAAUACAAUAAUCAAAGAUUAAAGGCAGAGCUUUGUCCACACUAUAAUUAAGACAAAGUGAAAAUUCCUCACAGGAGCUUUAAAGUCUAAUUUGUAUUGAAGUAAAUACGAGUUUUAAAUUGAUGUAGAUUAAAACCAGAAACUUUUUAAGCUCCUGAGAUAAACUAUCAGCUUGUUUUUUUUUUUUAUGGAGUAAAGGUCAGGGAAUGUAAAGCUCAAGCAUCAAGGGAAAGUUCAAGCAUCAAAUUUAAUAAAUAAUAGCACUGAAAACACAUCUUUAAAUCUGUUUAUGCGAGGGGAAAAAGUCUGUAUUUACUGCUUUAUGAUGAGCGUAUGUUUUCCUCCAUAUAUUUCCCUUAUAUGCAAAGGAAAAUAUUAAUUUAACAUAUGCUGGUUUAAUAUUUACACAGGCACAAUGACUUAUUUUGCUUUACAGUGUAAUCCCUCGUGCACCGAUGUUAAAAUGUGUGUAUAAGCGUCCAUGUUUGUGUGUGAGUGGACGUCUUUCCUGCACUUUGAGACCGAAAGCAUUUACAGAAAAGCAGCUCUCAGCCACAAAACGCACAACUGAUUGAUUUAUUGAGUUUUAUGCAUUAGCGUCCACACAUCAGCACAUGUGUGUGUGUGUGUGUGUGUUGCUGUGUGUUUGUUUGGAGCAUUAUGCAUCAUUAUGGAGUGUCAUGAGCGGAUGUCACUCCCUUUUACUCAUAAUGGAUAACAUGGUAAAUCAAGAUAUCCUUACAUGGAAAAGGUUUACACAGGCGCUUAUGUGGUGCACACAUGAUACACACUAUAUACUGUUUGGGGAACACACACACACACACACACACACAGACACAAACACACACACACACUCACAGCAAUGAGGCAGAAAACUAGUCCGGCAGAAUAAACAAGACAAAGGAAACAAUUAUGAAGCUCUCAAGCCGAGUCCAGUGAACAAGAGUGUGUUUUCACCCUCUUUUAGACCUCACUGCUUUAUUAUUAUGUAAAUACACAGGCUUUUAUCAAUACUGUCAUUGGUUGAUUAUUGGUUCAUCAGCAUAUUGAUGUUUCAGCUCAUUCAUGCUCACUUUGAGAGCAUAAGCGACAGAGUCUGACUGCUAUUGUUCUGAGAAACUUCUGUUUGUUGUUUUCAGAGGUGAUCCUCUAACAGCUGUGGUUACUCAGGGUUCAGGGAGAAACCGUGUGUCGUGUAGCGCAGUAUCUCUGUGGUCAUUUGCACACUGAUGCUUUGGUUUGAUUAACGUUAAUAUGAAAAUCAGCCUCCUGCUGCUGUGGAGGAGGGGAUGUGCUCUCUAGUGCACUCAGAGUGUGUGUGGCACUUUUCUGUGUUUCCAUUUGGGAACUUUUGGCUUUAACAGGUGAAACUAUUUGCAUUUGACUCCAGCUGCAGCUUUAAUCUGAAAUUUGAGAGCUAAAAAACCUAAAUUUUAUAAUCCUCAGCUUUAGUUUCUACAGCUAUUUUAGCAGCACUUCUUACCGAACAAGUUCUUCAAGAGUCAGUGUUUUGACGAGCACUUUUUAAUCAAGUACAUUGAAAAAUACAGGCAUCAAGCAAAUCAAACAGGAGACACUGUUUCAUGCUUCUUUUUCCUGGUGUGUCUCCAGGUGGUUGCCCUGGGUGAUAUACCUGACGGCACCCUGGUGACAGUGAUGGCAGGAAACGACGAGAACUAUUCAGCUGAGCUUCGAAACGCCACAGCCGCCAUCAAGAACCAAGUGGCAAGAUUCAACGAUCUACGCUUUGUCGGCCGCAGCGGACGAGGUAAACACACGUAAAAAAAGUCAGACUGAAAUGUAAUACCUGUGUUUUCACAAGCACACGACACAGCAUGAAUAAAUUAGGGGAAGUACAUGUGAAUAAAAACAGUAUUCACACAACUUCCUUGUAACACAACCAUCCAAAGUCUAUCUCGCUCUGCCUCCCCCCCUCCUCUCUCCCUCCCUCAUGUCUUUAACGGACACACUAGACCUCAGUUACUCUAAAUCAGUCGCAGGCAAAUGUCCCAACUUAUCUAUUUAAAACACCAGGCCUGUGUACACAAGCUCUGCUAACACUCGCACAUUCAUACACACACACAUUAAAAUGACAACUGCUGCACAGCUGAAGGGAAAUAACUGUCAAUAUUUGACAAUCCUGCACUCUAAAACCACGUCAAAAUCACUGAAAAUGUCCUAACAGGUCUUGGCGUUUGGCUAACUGGCAUUGAUCGGGAAUAAUUUCGCCUAUCCUAGGAUUUCUUUGUAGCAGAUGAAACCUCCCUACCCUAUUUUCCCAUGAAAUGUCAUGAGUGUAUGUGACAAAAUGCUUAUCAAGCCACAAAAAGUCGAGUUUCACCACCUCAAACCUCCGAGUGUCAUUAACUGUCCGCGUGGGAAGUGGUUAGCUUAGCUGCAGACAGCAAUGAGCGGUUCAGUGGUUUGACUAGCGGUUAGCGCGUUUGUGUGUGGGAGGCAGUCGGUGUUAAAUGUCUCAUAUUCAGUCAUCAUUAGUCAGUGUUUCUGUUUUUGCAGAAGUACUUAUUACAACACACAGACUGAAACGCCAGAUAUGUGUACACACGGCAAAGCGGUUGCCGAGUGGAUUUGCAUAUCAGUUGGAGUUAUUUUGAUCACAAAAAGUCUGAGUAGAUGCGUCUGUUUCGUUUCAGAGUUGAUGAUUUACAGAGUCCGUGAAAUCAGUCGAUUCAAACUUAUUUACAAGCAUGAGUUUUAGUGGGUUUUAAAGACCUUUAAAUUCAGGAGGAGGACAUACAGCCUCUCAAUAGUCCCAUUAUCUGUACCUCCUGAGGUCCCACAAGGCUGAGAGCCUAUCGUGUCUUGCAUUUAACAAAAAACCAGAGAGACUUACUCUCACACCUCCAUGCAACUUUGAAUUCCUAGGUAACAUUUCAAGCAUUUCUUUGGACUGUGCCCAACCCAUGCAAACACAAUAACACUCCAGGUUCAGCUUUCCGACUACAGCCGGGUAUUAGUUACCGUCCAUCAUUGUUUUUUCUAAUGUCGUCCACAUCACCAAUGCACAAGUCACAAACUCCAUGAUUUGGACUAAAUCCAUAAUGACAUUUCUACCUCACUUUAAAGUCUCUACUACUGUACUGUAAUAAUACGAUACGAUACAGCAUGGUAUGGUACAAUAUGGAUGUCAUAUGAAAGAAACUAGUUAACAAUUAAUGCAUUACCCCUAAUAACGUGCAUUUAAAAUGGUUGUUUGAGGUGCCGCCACAUCUUGCACCACUGUAUGUGUGUGUCUAUAUGAGUGUGUCUGUAUGUAUGUGCGCAUGUGCAACCAGCUUUGAGUCUCUCGGCAAGUUCCUCUUUUAAACAGGCCCGUCUUUUUUCUCUUUCACAAUAUCUGACUCUCAACAUUCACAGUAUUAUGCACAAACACCACCUUGUUAUUCCAGGAACUGACUCACACACACAAACUCACACACACACAUAUUGCAUUGUUGAGGGCAAGUGUAAAUAAGAGAAUCCGUCUGAUCAGCUGAUUGUGACAAAAGUGGAGGACCCAGACUCUGCAAGUCCUAACAAGAUGUCCACAGACACACACACAAUUUACCUCAUGUGUUAAAUCUGCUCCUAUCUGCAUUGGAUAAGAGAAACACGGGGGUGUUUAGACAGAAAGUCCCGGAAAACACUGUUUUGGAGUGUGUGUGUGUGUGUGUGUGAGUGUGUCGGCUGAUACAGCGAGCAGACACAAAGAGCUCAGCUGUUUUCUCCCUCCUCCUGUCUGUCUUUAUCAGCCAAAAUCUCUUACUGUAGACUCUCUCUGUGUAAACAACCUGCACAAAAACACACUACAUGUUUCCUUGACAGCGAACACGAUUAAUUUUGAACAAUUAGUUUGUUAACGUAUACUAAUACACUCUGUAUGGGGAGAAUUGCUUUUUACACAGUUUAUGGGCAUUAUUAGGAGAGUAAUGGGGAAAAAAAGAGAUAACAUAGCCUCUAGUGGCUAGUAGGUGCAACUACAAUAGUCAGCAGACGGCACAAAGACCAAAGUUGAGCUAACACCUCAUGUAUCUUAAGUGUAGCAGAAUAAGAUAAAUGACAUUAACACUCGCCCCGAGUUUGUCAUCUCAUAGGAGUACAGUAGUAUUUUUAAGGUUUAUCACAAUUCACCUUAUGUCAAGGGGGGAAAAUUAAAGAUACAAGUGACAACGAAAACACUGUAUUUCAUAGCAAGUAAACACAAAUGAGAAAAUAUACAAAUCAGCAAAACUACAAAUGCUGUAAGUUAAAUUAAAAAAAGAUAUCCAAUCAAACUUUUGUGAAGUAGAGAGACGGAGAGAGAGAAGUGAGAGUAACACCUGGCAUUACCCACAUACUGUACGUCUGCCAUUUGUGUGAGCGUGUGUGGCAUCAGACUGUCUGCAUGUGGUAACUCUACUCCAGCCUUGGCACACACAACAACAGUGGUGGUCUUGCACGUGUGUGUGUGUGUGUGGGUAUGUGUGUUUGAAGCAAGCUUAGUGGUGACUGAGUGCCACUUCCAAAGCUGAGGCUGGCAGUGACCCCCCUCGACAGGGUCCACACACACAAACCCACAUGAACUAUAAAUGUGUGGUACACUGCAAACAUUUGUUACAGCGGAUAUACAGCUGAUACUACUUUUUUAUGAUUGAUAUUUUUGGAUUACAGCACGCUCAAAUUAAACUCUUGUCUCUGAUUGGCUGGCAAAUGACCCUUUCAGUUGUAUUUUUGGAUACUUUUACACUUUAUCCUCUUCACUAAAUCGGUGAUCACACUUUUUUAGGAUGUAAGUAACCGUAGCAACAGCACAGAUGAAGUGACUGAAGUAAGUAUCAGGAAGAACUAGGAUUUAAAGAAAGUGCUUUGGCUUCAAAUCAUAACGUAACACAGUGUAAGGUAUCGUAUCCAAACAUUUGUAUUGCCAUUUUUAUCUAUGUGUAAUUGUUAGUGUAUGUGUGUGGUUUCUGGUUUCUGGCUCAUUCCUGUCUGGAGAAACCAUGACUUACAUGACUUAAUGCAUUAAACAGACCAAAAGGAUAUUUUUAGUAGAGCAGGAGGGAGAGAAGGGAGGAGGUAGAGGGAAGAUGAAAAGAAAGACUAGAGUGUUACUUGAAUUUUUCAUACUAAUGAUCUGUUUUUUCUCCCAUUCCUCCUUUUUUUCUGCUCAUCUAUCCCUAUCCAUUUUCUUCCUCUACUUUUGCUCUCUUUUUUCUUUCACAGGGAAAAGUUUUACUCUGACCAUCACAGUGUUCACCAACCCUCCUCAGGUGGCUACGUACCAGAGAGCCAUCAAGAUUACAGUGGAUGGUCCCAGAGAGCCAAGACGUGAGUGACACUCACACACAAAUGUUGUUAGUUGUUUUUAACAACUGGAGUUCCACAGGGUUCGACUCUGGGUCCUCUAUAUUUUUUCAUUCAUUCAGUCAUUUCACUCAACUUUCCAUGAAUACAGCACACAUAUAAAGGUCUAAAAAUCCAAAACAGCAGUAAUAAUUGUCCUCAAGAUCCUCAUUAUGCUAUUAAGAUUUAAGUAAUGUUUGAUCUUCCAGUUACAGGAAUGUGCAAUUUGAGUCUACGAUAUGACAAAUACAAGUUUAAGUGAUCAAAUAAAACAAUUAUUCGAGACAUAUUCUGGGCUUGCUUGGUGAAUACAUGCCUCUAAUCCCAACGAACAAAGUCUCAGUUGAGUGAGUCAGUCAGGAUCUGAUGCAACUCUGAGUUCCUCUCCCACUCAGUGUGAUGAAACACAGGGAUUUCUUCUGGCAGAUGAUUGAGCGGAAAACUGGUUUUGUUUUCAAGUAAAUAAGCUACAUGGAUAAUUCUUUCUUCAAAUGUUACUGAGCUGAGGGACAGUGGUCGGAAGAUUCAGGAGAGAGGUGAGGUGACAGAAAGAGAGGAAGACUCCUGCCAGCGCUGCUCAGCUGUGAAUAACCAUCACUCGUCUCUAACUCGCCCACACACCCACACACCCACACACACACAGUAUUAAUACACAUGCAUGUACACUUCCCCCAUUGGGAGGAAGUGCCUGUAACUGGAGCUCAGUCUUAGCGCUUUGAAGUGCAGCCAACACCACAGACAGCGUGACAGACCGCCCCAUACACACACACUCAUACUCACACACACUUGGGGAGACAGGCCGACCCUAUGCGGCGCCCAUCACCAGAUUCCCAAACGUAACAGCAGACGAAGUGUGUGUGUGUGUUAAUAAUGUCAGGGCAUUGUUAUAGCCUGUGUUGGGUUGUAACUGUUACUGUAAUCCCUGGAUUAUGUAAUCAGAUUACACGCAUGAAUCUAUGUUGACAAAUCACCCCUCCAUGCUGCAGGGUGCCAGGGUGGGAUAAACUGUAACCAUGGCAAUGCCGUGUCAUUUUCCUCAACCAGGUCAUCGCCAAAAGAUGGACGAGGUCAAACCUGGCACGUUGGCGUUUUCGGAGAGGCUCACAGAGUUGGAGCACCUGAGGCGGAGCUCCAUGAGGGUGACGCCCCCUCACCACCAUCACCACCAAGCAACUGCUAACGCUCGCCAAUCUGCAACGCUCAACUCCGCCACCUUCUCCAGCCCUACGCACACUCAGAUAACAGCUGGUAAGCUUUGUAGCAUUCCCAAAAGAAACCAAUAGGUGACAUCACUGAGUCUAUUCAUAAUGAGGUCAGUGCUGCCUCUAGUGGUGGAAAGCUUCUGCGUGGAUUGAAUACAGCACAACUUUUACAAAGUGCUGAUUCUCAUCAUUCACAAUCACCCACCAGUGCAUGAGUGGGCAGAAGAGCCAGACAUCCACCAGCCCUACAAUUGUGCACUGACCUGCUUAAGUACCUGAGCAACCACCCUGGCUUUAGUAUUGAGAAACUACAUAGCUGAACUGUCUACAUGAGCUCAAACACAGUCCAUUAGGCAAUCACUCAGGCCUAAAAAUACGUGUGAUACAUAUUUUGGAGAAGAGGAAGCUCAUCCAGUAGUCAGACAUGUCUGAUUUUGUUGCCUAAAAAUCUUUUAGUUUUUUCCCAGGAUUUACAUGUCUGUGUCUGCAUCUGAAAAGAUUGUUUUAAUAAAUUAAUAGUUUCCAUAUUGGUGGCACCAUGUGGAUUUGUGGGGUAUAAAGUAUAAAUGUUCCUUGAUAAGUGGGAUGGCGAUGAAAGGGUUUUGUAAGGGUGGUCCAGUUACCAUUUACUUCAAAUCAAGUGCAAAUAGCCCACUGGCACAUAAACUUCUGCUCAACCAAUCACGCAAAAGGCCACCAAGGGAUUCGGUCUAAACUCUUUAAUUUAUGCAGCUUCACGAACUUGGCGUUGUCAUUUUUCCAAACUGCCUUUAGACAAAACCCCACCAAUAAUGAAGACAUCUGACUUCAUUUUGGGGACUGAGGGCAAUUUCUAAACUCUGUGUGAUGUUGCCAGUCGAUGAUGUUCCUACACAGUCAGAGAUGAGAUAACGUCCGUGGAGUAUUUUAGCCAAGGUUGACUUCAUCUUUCUGAGGAAACGGCUCUUUUUCACAGCACCGCAGGAGACAUUUUUGGAUCUUAUCUUGCGUUUGUCACUGUGUGUGACCAAGUCGUUUCAGCAAAUGAUUCAUCACUGUCUUGAUGUGAGAAAUUCUCUCCUUUUAAGGAUGCACCUGCCCUCCCACCACCUAGUCAUAGUGUAUACAUAUCAUAACAUACAUUUUAUUUUCAUUUCACGUGGUUAAAAGUCAAACGUAAAAGUGAGCAGUGAAGUACUUUCAGUGACAGCAAUGUAAGUACUUCCAGAAGAGUGUAAGCUGAGCUUAUCACUGCUAAACCACGGUAUUUUCAAUGAACACAAACACGAAUGGAGAUGCUAAUUCAUAGCCUGUGGCAUUAUCAACAAGUAUGCCGUUUUUGAUCAAAUUUCAGAAGAUUUUAAUUGCUAAUACAGGCGCAAAAAGAGGCACAGGUGCAAAGAGAGGGCAGGUGUGUGUGUGUUAGUAAAGCAGAUGGACAUAGUGAGCACAAGUUUCUUUGCCAGUGGUACCAAUCCCCUCUCUCUAACAGUGAGUUUAAGUUCCUCUCUGUAACUGCCAGGUGAAGGCGGACCUCAGCGUGUGUUCGCCACUUUCUGACUGUCUGACAGAUUCGUCCGUUUAGCGACAAACACAUGAAAUUUGUUUGAGUAACCUAAUCUGUGCCAACAGUUGCAUCAAACCUCAUUCUUCCUCUUUGUGGUUUUUUGGAGAUCCAUUGUGGUCUCAGUGUGUGUGUGUAUGUGUGUGUGUGUACCUGUGUAAUUGUGUGAGAGUGUGUGUGUGUGUGUGUGUGAGUUGCGGUUGCCGUGGAUACUCUAUGUGGUACCAAUAGACGGUAUCUGUUCCUCUUCUGUCUUCAGUGGAAGUAAUGCAGUGUGUGUGUGUGUGUGUGUGUGUGUGUUUACACAUACAACUGCUUUAUUGCAAUUAGAAACAGCGUUUCUUCUUAUUUUUGUAUUCGCGUGCGAGAGAGCGUCUGCAAGAAGGGAAGUAAGUGAAGACUGAAGGAGGAAAUGAGAGUCAGCUGGCAGGAAAUGCUACUGUGAGAAAAAUUUGAAGCAAAGAGGGGCUGCUUUAUCAAACUUUUCGACUUCCAAAACUCAAAGUUAUAAACACCUUCUGCACUUGGAAAAAGGCCACUGUAGCUUCCCCAACAAUAUGGGUGAGCAAGGAAGCAUAUCAAUCUAGGUUCUUCCUGCUAGAUAUCACUGCACAUGCACACUGUACCUUUAGAUACCAAUCAUUUGGGGCACUGCUGGCCUGUUGGGUAGCAUGGUUCAAUUCCAGAUUUAAUUUAGUAUUCCUGUCAAUUACAAGUGAUUUUUCUCAUAAUUACUAAAUGGUUUAUUCCAAUUUUUUAACGUUUUUUUUUUAACAAAAGAGAUUUAAAGUUUCAUCAGCCACCAAUUUCACUCCACAUUUUGGCUGAUUAAUAUGUCUGACCAGGAUAAGUGUAUGUCAAAGAGUCUUGUAUGACUUGCAGAAGCUGAAAUGUAGAAUAAAGUGGAUAGUUGUGAGAGACUCUGAGACACAGACACACACGAUGUAAAGUUACAGCCAAGAAAUGCAGGCCGAGCACUUUGUGCUGCCUUCUCUGAUCCUUCCAAAAAUGAAAAUAGCAACAGGAAACCGUUAUUAGGCCAUUUUCACCCUUACUAUUUCUCUCUCUCUCUCUUCCCCUUUCAUUUCUUUUCCCUCCACGCUCGGUCUCGCGUCAUCGGACCCCCCAGCAUGGCUUUCAUUUCUCUUUUAGCGAUUGUCUUCCCUUCUUUCACUUCUCAAAUUUCCUAAACUGUGAGCAAUAAAUACUGAAUUGUGGUGCAGAGCGGUGAUAGUUCAUGAGUGCAUGUUUUAAACAACACUGUGUGUGUGUUUGACUGAAGUGUGGCUCUGCAGUAAAACUCUAGUUUACUCUGCUGCAGUACAGUAUUGAAUUCAUAGGACAGCAUGAUGCGUGUGAGUAAACAGGGGCAGUAAUGUUAGUGAACAUGUUGAGGUACAUCAGGCCAAGUUUUUCAGUGAAAAGGCUCUUUUGAACUCAAAUUUGAGCGCCACAAAAACCACCAGGUAUCAUUAAAGUAAAGCUGAGCACGACAAACAGAAAUUAUCCCCAUAGGUUACGUUUUCUUUUCUUCUAGUUUGUAAGUUUUGAAACAAAAAUCCACCACAAACGGCGUGAUAAAGGGCUCCAUGACAUUUCUCUGAGGUCCAGGAGACUCUUUUCUGUGUGUUUUAGUUUCAUUUCCAGACAGCCAGCUGUCUGUGGCUCCUGCCCCGCAUUAGUGCUCUCCGCCAGGGGAGAAAAGCCAGGAAAAGAGGGGGCUUGGCACAGGGCCUGGCCUUCACCACCACCCAGAUACACCACACAUAAUCACACACACACACACACACAUACACUCAUGCACGCACAGAGUCAAUGCUUCGGAGAGCUCUUGGCUGGACUUGAAAAGCCUUUCAUUGACGUCUCGGCUGCUGUGUACAAUUUGCUUCCUCGUCUGACUGCGCAAACACACACGCACACACUCGUUUGUCUGCAAGUCUGUGGGUGAUCAGCGCCAUUUAUUAGACUGUGGGGAAAAAGACUGGAUUGAAUGAAAGAACACACACACACACACAGACAUCACAGCGCUCCUUUUAUCCAUCCACCCCCACACUAAGUUAAUUGCUUCCUCUCUCUCUCCUUCUUCUGUUCUUUUUCUCCAUCAACAACUUGUUCCUUAAGACCCACUUAUUAAAAUCAGCCUUUAUUUUAAAGAUUAACAUGUUUUAAAUACGUAUAAACUCAAAGGGGACACGUUCCCAGGUCUGCAUCAAAACUCGACUCAAAUAUUUUGUACAGAUCAUAAAGCAUCACAGCUGCUCAUGGAAAACUAAAGUUGCACUGUGCUCUGUGUUCAUUAGUCAUCCACUUCAAAUGUUCAAAAGGUCUAAAAGCCAGUAUGUGUCAGGUAUGGACCAGGUGUCCCUUGUACCCUUGUAGUCACAGCUGUUCAGCCAAGAUAAGAUUUUGUUUUGUCUGUAGGGAUUGUUUAAAAACUGCUUUCUUCAAACUUUUUUGGUAACGCCACACAGUCCAGUUGGUUAAAAGUUCACAUUUUGUCUCUAUGUAAACAGAAUUGAAACAAAUGGCGAGAGUUAUUUUGUCCGCCUCACUUUAACCUCUGAAAUAAACAUUUUGUGUUUCCCGUUAUGUCGAUGAUGGAACCACAUUUUAGUCUUUUAAAAAGUUGAAGUUCAGUGAUACAUAUCUCACAACCUCGGUAAAUCAUUUUCCCUUUCUCUCUCUUUCAGACUCCAGACAGAUGCAGUCCUCUCCAUCUUGGUCCUACGACCAAUCAUAUCCCUACCUUGGUCAGAUAACCACUCCCACCGUCCACACAGCCAAUCCCCUCUCCCCUGGUCGAUCCUCGCUCAGUGACCUCUCCUCAAGGCUCACAGGUAAUACACAAAGGCUUAUACACACCAAACUACAAGAAACUAAUUAAACAGGUCUAAACCUCUGACCUUUGACCCCCCUCAGGUCCUGACCUCACAGCCUUUGGUGACCCCAGGAUGACCUUAGAACGACCCUUCACCUCCCUACCCUCCCUGCCUGACUCCCGCUUCUCCGACCCUCGGGUCCAUUACCCUUCAACAGCAGCUGCCUUCACCUACGCGCCAUCUCACAACCCAGUCUCCAACGGCGCUCUUGGCAUUACCAUGGCAACUGCAAUGGCUACCACUCCGGCGGGGAGGUACCACACAUACCUGCCCCCUCCUUACCCAGCAAACACCCCCCACCAGGCUCAGAAUGGUCCCUUCCAGUCCACCUCCUCGCCGUAUCAUCUGUACUACUCCACUGCCGCCGGGUCAUACCAGUUCUCUAUGAUGGCAGGUGGAGGUGGCAGCGGGGAAUCGCGCUCCCCGCCAAGGAUCCUGCCACCAUGCACCAACGCCUCUACAGGCUCCUCCCUCCUGCAUCCCUCUCUGCCCAAUCAGAAUGAAGGAGUGGGAGUGGAGGUGGAGUCAAGCCAUAGUGGCUCGCCGACGAAUAUGGCGGCUGCUGAAGCUGUUUGGAGACCUUACUGAACACGCCACAAGUGCGAGCUCAUUGGUGGGCUACCUGGUCAUGUGAUGGCAGAUUAAAAAAAACUCAGUUUUGGAAAGUUUUGUGUUGUGGUAUAUUUUCUUAACACAAAUCAGUGUUCAUGGUAUUGACUGUAUAAAACAUGGUCGUUCACCUGGUGAUAAUAUUUAUACCUUUAGGUUUUUACAGUGGUGUUAUGAUGCCCGACAAUGGCCCCCAGUUAUACAAAACUCUUAAGAUCCUUUCACACCGGGACCAUUUUUGUUGUGUGGUUAUUUCGGACGUCAAUUUUGUUUUCAAACCCAUAUCCUGUCAAUACAAGCGUUCACAUCAGCGACGUUUUCCCAUCCUGCGAUCUUGCAUCAUUUGUUUUUUCGGAUCAUGGUCGAUUUUUCUAAAGUUUCGCAUACUGUGUGUCCACUUCUGACCAAUCAGAUUGCGUGUUGUUGCGACGUCAGAUUCACCGGUAUAUCCAACAUGGCCGACUGGCUGAUUGUUUACGUGUCGGAGAACAGAGUGCUUUUUGAUAAAAGAUACAAAUAUUACAAAGGUAACGACCUGAAGGACAACUUGUGGAGAGUCAUAGCGUCAGAUUUCUCAUAUGACGAUGGUUUGUGUGCUUUAACAGUUUGCUAAACGUCUUUGUUUUAACUUUCAUCUGUGCUAAGUAACUUUAGCUCGUAAGCUAACCUGUUCAGAUACAACAUACCAAACUCAAUCGCGUUGCUGUCACAGCACCAUCAGGUCUCGGUUGUUACCUUAUGUUUAUGGAUUAUAGUUUAAUGUAUUUAUCUGGUACUGGCCCCGACUCAGUACAUGCUAUCAUGACAGACAGACAUCUCAACACUAGUGUCUAAUCAGAACUGAAAAACAGUCAGUCUUCUCGCUUCUACCCGGGAUGCGUCUUUUUUCCCCCAGAAAGUCGCAAAAAAAUCGCAUUGAGCUUGAUGUGUAUAGUCAGGCGCAUCAAAAUUCGCUAUUUCGUGAUUUCGCGUUCUAUAUUCGUGUCGGCCCCGGUGUGUAAGGACCUUCAGCCUUGAGUCAAUCCUAACAUAUCAGUUAUGAAAAUGCUCUCGCCCUGUUUAUUUAUUAUGAAUAAACAAAUAAGCCACAGAGAACAGAACUAUUCUUGUACCAUGCUGCAAACAUGACAAAUUUAGACGUAAAAGCUGAUAUUUUAACAUCAGAUCGAAUGGGGAUUCUUUUGCUUUUGCAGCCAGCCUCUAGUGGAUACUCAAGAAACUGCAGUUUUCUUUACAUCCACAGGCUAGAGUUAAAGUCCUCAGUACUAUGACUACGGCCAUGUUUCAUACAGUCUUUGAUGUUUCUUCUUAUGAAGCCUUAAAAAAAUUUUAAUUUGUGAUUAUUAAUUCUGAUUAUGUGUCACAACAUGACCAGGAUCCCGAUGAGCUCGCCAAGUUCAAACUAUCUACUGACAAACAAUAUUGGCUAAUUAAAAAAAACAAGCAGAGUGACUGACGGGUGCAUCAGCCAAUAGGGAGCCGAGAGAGGAAACGGACUCAACAGGAAUGUUUUUGUGACCAGAGAGACGCAGGGUAAUAUUUUGGUUUUACACUGACAGAGUGCAUGCAGCAGCACUGGACUGAUCUCAAAUCGGCUUUAUUUGUAAAAUUACUCCCUUGUUAAUGUUGUCGGUGUUGUGAAUAGACGAUUUGCUUAUGCCAAAUAUUGUGAAAGCCUGUUUGUGUGGCACUUUUUUGCCACGUUUAUUUUAUGUUAAAAUUCUUGAAGAACUGGACCCAAUUUGAUUGUUUUUCAUGGUUCAAAUUUGUGACGCCAUGAUGAUACCCGGAUUUAAAGUUGUUUUCUUCUGACGACUUCACUCCAGGAUGACUUAUCCUGAUUUCAGAGUUGCUCUUUGUUUAAUUUUAUUGUUUUAAGCAUGAAAUUUUGUUAACUUAUUCUUACAAAUUCCAGUUUUGGUAGCAUUACAUGUGUGUGUGUGAUGGACAGAGACUGUGUGUGUGUUGUAUAUAAAAACGGCUGUAAAUGACACUUGUAUUUGAGCAUCUUUUCAUCAAGCCUCCACACACACACACACACACACACACACACACACACACACAGAUUAACACAAACACACACACUGCAGUGUUGUUGGUGCACAUUUAGUUUUGAUUUCUAAAAAU